UCUCGUAUCCUAAACUGACACCUCAACACAGCGCUCAGUGGUGGGCGGGACUUCCGGUUACGCGCACCCGGAAGAUUCGGAUGCAAGUUUUCAGCGCUUGCCUGUGCAUCCAUAUGCUCGUUACUUUAAAACGUUUUGAUGUGAUUUAGGUGUUUUUUCUAUACAGUAGUAUUUGCCACGAUGUUGUCUUUAGACUUUCUCGACGAUGUUCGUCGCAUGAAUAAGCGGCAGCUCUAUUACCAGGUGCUGAACUUUGGUAUGAUAGUUUCCUCUGCCUUGAUGAUCUGGAAGGGAUUGAUGGUCGUCACCGGCAGCGAGAGUCCGAUUGUUGUUGUUCUCAGUGGGAGUAUGGAGCCAGCUUUCCACAGAGGAGACCUGCUGUUUCUCACCAACAGGGUAGAGGACCCCAUCAGAGUCGGAGAGAUUGUCGUCUUCAGGAUAGAAGGCAGAGAGAUCCCCAUAGUACACAGAGUGCUCAAGAUCCAUGAAAAGGAAACUGGAGACAUUAAGUUCUUGACCAAAGGGGACAACAAUGCAGUGGAUGACAGAGGACUGUACAAGCAGGGCCAACACUGGCUGGAGAAAAAAGACGUGGUGGGACGAGCCAGGGGGUUUGUGCCAUACAUCGGAAUUGUCACCAUUCUCAUGAAUGAUUACCCCAAGUUCAAAUAUGCUGUCCUCAUCUUGCUGGGUCUCUUCGUGCUGGUCCAUCGGGAGUGAGGUCCCCAAACAUCAGGACCCAGGAAGGAUAAACUACGUCCAGGAAACCUCAGUCAUGCCUUUCAAAACAGAAUUCAGUUAGAUUUUGUCAAACCCAACUGGCUUUUUUGUACCAUUUGUUUGAACAUUUUGUAGAAACGUGGAUAGAGUGUUUACAUUUGAAAAAAGACAACAAGCUUUAAAAAUAUUUUUGUGAGGGUCUCGGCUAGGUUUAGUUUGGAAAUCUUUAUUUGUAAUCCUCAGAAUGUGAAACAGCAUUCAUCCAGAUAAAUUAAGUCUUUAUUUCCUGUUGUUCAUGGUCUUUGAAGUAUUUUAUGACAACUGAAUAUGAAUAUUAUUAAAUAUGAAAUCUGGUUACCAUCCAAUAUGGAUUAUUAUAA